AUUUUUUCAUAGUUGCUACCAAAGCUAACCAGGAACUACAUAAAGGAGGGUUACAUGGAGAAGACUGGACCAAAGCACACCGAAGGCUUUAAGAAGAGAUGGUUUACAAUGGACGACAGGAGGCUCAUGUACUUCAAAGAUCCACUGGAUGCCUACGCUCGAGGUGAGGUUUUCAUUGGCAGUAAGGAAAACAGCUACACUGUGCUGCCAGGCCUCCCUGCCACUGUUGUGGGAACUCACUGGCCAUUUGGAAUCACUAUAGUGACCCCAGACAGGAAGUUUCUUUUUGCUUGUGAGACUGAAGAGGAUCAGAGAAGCUGGAUGGCGGCAUUUCAGAUUGUAAUCAACAGACCGAUGCUGCCUCAGGAGUUUGCUGGUUCACCACCAAUCACAUCAAAAAGUUUGCAGACGACGGUGGUGAACCUCAUCAGAGAUGACAAUGACCAGGACUACAGAGAGGAGGUGGAACAGCUGGUGGUCUGGUGCAGAGGUAACAGCCUGAUCCUGAACGUGGAGAAGACGAAUGAGAUUAUUGUUGAUUUCAGGAGAACCAGUCCAACCACGCUCUACUGCUUAUCAACAGCUCAGCUGUAG